GUCACCGGUAUAUUAGUUUGCUCGUUUUAAACUUCUGUAUUUUCUGCUUCGAAAUGUCAUCGUGUGAAAAGAGGGUACUAUCCAUCCAGAGCCACGUUGUCAGUGGUUACGUCGGAAACAAAUCGGCCACUUUCCCAAUGCAGGUACUUGGUUUUGAAGUAGACGCUAUCAAUUCUGUUCAGUUUUCAAACCAUACUGGUUACAAUGUAUGCAAAGGUCAAGUUUUAAACUCAACUGAACUCCAGACGCUGUACAGUGCAUUAAAAGAAAACGACAUAGAUCAUUAUUCGCAUGUACUCACAGGUUUUGUCGGUUCAGAAUCAUUUUUAUUAGAAGUCGUCAAUGUCAUAAAAGAACUAAAAGCCAGAAAUCCAAAUAUGCUGUUUGUAUGUGACCCAGUACUCGGUGACUUUGGCGUUGGUUACUAUGUGCCAAAAGAAUUGACGCCAAUAUACAGGGAGAAGUUGUUACCGCUUGCUGACCUUAUCACGCCUAACCAGUUUGAAGCAGAGGAAUUAACUGGUAUAACCAUCAAAACUGAAGAGGAUGCGUUUAAAGCGAUGGAGCUCAUGCAUUGCAGUGGUUGUAAAAACAUUGUCAUAAGCAGUACAGAGUUAGGCAAAGAUGAUACACUUGUGUUGUUAGGCAGUUCAUUGACAGGUGAGAAAAAUAAAAGACUGCGUCUAACAAUGCAUAAAUUUGAUGCUCAUUUCACCGGUACGGGUGAUUUAUUUACUGCGCUGCUGCUUGUGUGGAGCCAUACACAUCCUGAUAAUUUAGCAUUAGCGUGUGAGAAAACUAUAGCAACAAUGCAGAGUGUGUUGAAGAAAACAUUAGAAGUGGCGAAAAAGCGAGCUGGUCCCGGCAAUAAACCAACCGUAGGACAGAUUGAAUUAAGACUCAUUAGUUGUAAAGAUGAUAUUGAGCAUCCGGGGAAUAACGUGAAAGCUACAGUGAUGGAAGUAUAGCGCCCUCAUUACCACUGAAUUAUUACAAUCAUGGCAAUACAUAUUACAAUAGACUUGUAUACAUACGUGUAUAUGAUCAUUUAGUUAUUCAGGACUUUAGAAAAACAGAACCACAAUGGAUCACACAUCAAAGUUUAAAAAAAUGCAUUGAAAGAGUGAGGCAUGAGCCAGGCCAGAAAUUUAUGAAAUAACGGUAUGUAAAUUUAAUAUUCACGUAUGUUGCAAUAAUGAUCUCAAG